CUUGACUCGAUAUAUCCUUUUCUCACCAUUCUAGCCUCAGAGUGAUAACCCAUCCCUCCUUUACCCUCCUUUAACCUCUCAAAACCCCCCAUCGUUCGCGCCUCGCUUCUCGCCUCCUUAUCUCGACUCCGUACAGUAACACUCGAGCAUCCCUGAUCCUCCUGUUUUCCUUGGUCCGAACUGACAGGGCCAUCUCCACCUCUCCACCAUCAGCCUGCGAUCGAUCUGUCGUGUCUGCAGCCAAGUACUGUACCUAUUACUGUACCAAUCCACUUGAUUCUAUCCUGUCCCUCCCUCGGUCGUCGAAUUCCCUUCGAACUCUGAUCGAACCCUCGACACUCUGCAGCCUCCCUCGAGGCCCUCGAAAAACAAAACGCCUCGUGAGCUCUAGCAGCUCCGACGCAUGGAGGGUCACUCGCGUUGCAUCAACGAAGAAUAAAAAAACAACGCGCCUGCACUCCGUAUCUGCGCAUCUGAUUACGCAGAACCAGUACCACUUGUAUUCGUACACUACUAUAUCUCGAUCCUGCGCCGCGCGCCUGCUCCUUUAUCUCUUCUGGAACUCGCCCCCCAACAAUCCAAAGGCCGCCUCUCCUUCUUGCGCCCGCACCACCCUUCUCAAGUCCUUUCCACACCUCCUGAGCCUUCAUCUCAAGCCCUACAUCCACAUUUGACACAUUGGUAUUCCGAACCGAUCAUUGACCGGACAACUCUUCGUCUUGCAGCCCUCAUAUUCCGGCGACGCCUGUUCCGACUAGCCUGAGCCUCCGAGCCGACGUCCAACCUCGAGGACCGCCUCGACCGGGAAAAAACGACCUGUCCGUCACGCCUUGUCUCCCAGAUGUGUGGCGCGCUCCACUGGCGAUGCAAAAUAUUGAUGCCUUGCAUGACAUGAAAAUAGGACAUCGCUGAACGCGCGCCCGCUUCACGAGAAUACUUCUUAAAGCCGCCGCAUAAUCAUGAGUACCCUUUUUCAGUCGACCCUGAGAAAUCCCUUCGAUCCUCCUCUCGAACCUUUGUCGAGACCACGAGCCAUGGCUAUUCUGCCGCAGAACAACAACACCUCGCCCAAGUCGAGUCAUGAAGAUUCGAUGCAGGCGUCUUCUCCUGCUCCCCCGAACAUGGGUCCGCCGGCACAGGGGACCAGCCCAGAAGUCGAACAGGGUAACAACGCCAACGGCGCCCGAGAACAUGUAGGCUUGAGCAUAUCCAGUGCUCCUGCUGGCGCCGUCGGAGCUUCACAGGGCCCCAAGGUGGUUCAGACAGCAUUUAUACAUAAACUCUACAGCAUGUUGGAGGACAAAAGCAUCCAGCAUCUGAUAUCAUGGUCGAACACCAACGAAAGCUUUGUCAUGUCGCCCUCGACCGAGUUCUCCAAGGUAUUGGCACAGUAUUUCAAGCACACAAACAUCUCUUCCUUCGUGCGCCAGCUCAAUAUGUAUGGCUUCCACAAAGUUAGCGAUGUCUUUCAUACCGGAUCACCGGACUCGGCGCUUUGGGAGUUUAAGCAUGGGAACGGCAGUUUCAAGAAAGGUGACCUAAUGGGAUUGAGAGAAAUAAAGAGACGUGCCUCGAGACACACUUUGAUUCAUCGAGAUUCCUUUUCCAACGCUAAGUCGGGUGCAUCACAGCCCGGGACCCCCGCCGAGAUCAUCUCAGAUACCGAUCAACGCCUCGCCAUGCUUGAAAAUACAUAUUGGGACAUACAUGCACGCCUGCAAAGGACUGAGGACAGAUGCCAGGCCUUGACAGAAGGAAUGGUCCGGGUGCAUCAGUUGUCUCAAAACCUGGCCAGCGCUGUCCAGACCUUGCCAUCCCCAGAUUCCGCAUUAUACACGGACAUUGCCAACAUGCAAAAGGAAAUAGCUCGCCAGCUCGAGUUCGUUAGGGGCUUGGACAACCAGCCCGACUCGUUACACGUUGGCAGGCAAUCACACUACCCUAACGGCGCUGCGUUGGAACCGCCUGUCUCUCCUCGAGGGUAUAACUAUCCUGAUAGUCGAAGGUCAUCGAUGCAGAUUGAACCACAGCAUGUCGGGUUGCGACCUCCGGUACCCCCGCUGCCUCAUUUUCCAUCUUCACCCCGGCGAUUUGGAUCAGUGAGCAUACCACACCCAAGUCCCGGCUUCAGUCGACCUGCACUGCCCGCACAGCCGCCUCCCAGCGUACACCCUUUGGCCUCCGUGUCCACACCCCCACCUAUGAAUCUCACGCGGAGGCACACGUCAGCUGAUAUUCGGGAGCACGGCUGGCCGCCGUCUACUGACAAUGGAAACGGGUCGCCAUAUGCAUCUGGACAUUCGUCCGUGCAUUGGCAGCCAUCAUCUCCUCAGCAGGGUCCACAGACAGGAGAUCGACAACUUCAGGACCAGUUGGCCCGGUACGAGAUCAGCGGGUCCAAGAGGCACGCGACAACCGCAAAUCAACCCACUCCGCCGCUAACGUCGUCGUCGUCGGAAGCACCCCCGGCUGGCUUGGGGGUAGAAAACGUCUUGUGGACGCCUGCCUCAGGUAAAUUUCCGCGUCCAAACUUUGAGCUGCAUUCUGCUCCUGCGACCCGUCGAGGCAGUAUGGCGACUCUCCAUUCACUGCUCAACCCUGCCGAGACGGCGGAACAAGAGAACGAGGAUGAAGGCAACGAUGACCGGAAGAGGAAACGAUUGGUAUGAAUAUGAUGUGGAUAUUUGGACUGGAUUUUGGGACCCGGCGAUAUUCCUCGCCGGCAUGCUUGUGAAACGACGUAUGGCAGGGCGGGCGCGAGCUCGAGCCCGAGUGUGUAUAUAUAUCUGAGAGGGAGGUACAUUGUUUUUUUUGGUUUGACUUUUGCGCGUUAUCAAAAAAGCCAGCCUAAUGGUCCCAGACAUUUGCAUUGGCGGAGUUGUUUUUCCCUGUCCACGUUCCUCAUCUUACUUUUUGUUUCCAGCGUUUGUACGGUUAUUUCUCAGAAAGGAAACAACCCGCCAUUCUUUUACGGAUCAACAAACCGAGAACUGCCUACAAAAGGCGAAUUGUUACAGCCAUGAAAGUCGCAUCUUCCCUGGACGGAAGAAGUCACCAGAUUCGUCGAGUCAAUGUACAGACAAAAAAGACUGGGCUCUACAGGGCCAUGUUUAUGAUAUAUUCUAGCUAGCUAGGAGGUCCACGUGGUGAGGAAGGUAGUUGUACAUCUCUUCUGCCUUACUUUACUAAAGUUUAAUGAGGAUGAGGACGAGGAUGAGAACGGCGUAUGCAAGGAAGAUUCUUUUCACUUUUCCCUAAAUCAUCUUCUCACUUUGUCAUGGUCUUUUGUUUCUUCUGUAGGUGAUGAAACUUUAUCUACACUGAAUAUGUCUGA